UCGAAGGCGCUGAGGGAGCGCUGGCUGCUGGACGGUGCGCCCUCUGCUGGACCAGAGCAGGACGAGACCCGGAGCCUGGAGGACAACAUCUGCAGGCUGGAGGAGGAGCUGGUCAGUCUGGAAACUGGAGCUGUGUGUGAGACCAUAACACACACUACUGUGUCAUCAGGAUCAGUUAAAGCUGUGGAGGUCAAAAGUCACAACAGCCCUCAGCAGGACGGAGCUGCAAAUCAGAUAGUUCAAGAGGUCAAAGUUCACAAAAGUCCUCGAAUGAACAAACCGAGAGAGGCGACGGAGGAGAUGAAGAGAGCCAUGUACUCGGUGGAGAUUAAAGUAGAGCGGGACAAGGUGACGGGGGAGACCCGGGUUCUGUCUGCUAACACCACACUUCCUGUUGACCUCUCUCACCAAGGGGUCAAAGUUUACGAGGACGAGAGGAAAGUGGUCCACGAGAUGAACGGUGAAAAUGGCGUCCAGCUGCUCAGCUUCUCCGAGGUCGAGGCGCUCAUCCUCAAAGCCGACGAGGCCUCACAGAGCAUCGACACGGUCACCUCCCUCCCGACAGCCGAGGCCCAGGACAAGGCAUCUCCCGAGCCGCCACCGGCAGCGGAGAUCACAGGGCUGGAGGCCGAACCGGGUGGUGAGCCGAGCGUGGCGGAGGCGAGCGCGGAGAACCCGGUCACCAUGGUGUUUAUGGGGUACCAGAGCGUGGAGGACGAGGAUGAGACCAAGAAGGUUCUGGGGGUGCAGGGCACGGUGAAGGCCGAGCUGGUGCUCAUCGACGACGAGAAAACAUCACCGGGCGAGGCUCAGACACCGACUCCGCCCGCCCCGCCGCCUGCCACCAAACCUCCACAGACGGCGGCAACGAUGGCACCGAGCAACGGGGAGAUGGCGGGGGAGGCAGAGGAGGUGAAGGGAGCAGAGGUAGAGAUGAAGGAGAAGCAGCCGUAUCUCAACCCUCACCACGACGACCCCACAACAAAGAUGGCCGACUGAGAGAAAAGUGACGACGAGAAGAGACGGCCGCUCCCCAUCUGUGUCAAAGAACUGAAGCUAAUCAAUAGUUUCAUGUUUCUGACUGCGGACCAAACAUGAUGAAAAAACUAAUAACAUGAAUGAAUGAAUUAGACAGUCUUUAUGCUAAGCUAAACUAACCUGGUGCUGUCUAGGAUGUUUUGCUUUAAUCAUACUCUAGUUAUGAUGCAAAGAUGUUGUAGUAAAGCAAAGUGAAAACUUAUGAACACGUUUUAUAAAAUUGUCCAACAACGCUGUUCAAUCAACACAAAAACAUCAACUUCACAAUGAAUAUUCAGCUAAAAAAGGAAAUAAAAACAGAGCCUUAAUCAGAUGAAAAGCCUUAAUCUGAUUUAUUUGUUAUUUCGGAAAGUUCUUGUUAUUAAUGAGUCCAGUAGCUGUUAAGUGAACUGUGGGCAGCAUCCUGUUGCUCACACUGUGGGCUAAAACAGUAAUUUAGCUAAAUUACAGCUAGCUGGCUAACCUUAGUUAGCUAACGUUACAGACCGCUAGUUGCAUCACUGCCCUGCCUUGCAUCACUCCUUGCUAGUAGAAAAUGAUCAUUAGUUCUACCUCUGCUUUAUACUGUCACAUAAUUUAUUGUUGGUUAAAAUGAAAUAAAACACCCUUUGUCAUAAUGCAUGAGUUUGUAUCAUGUAAACUGGUGAAGUCAUUUGGUAAACUUGCCAACUAUCCACUCCGAUAGUGUUUUGCUAGCGAUAACAUUCGUGAGCAAGCUAAGGUUAGCCAGCUAGCUGUAAUCUGACUAUGCGUUGGUUGCUUUUUUAACUUUAGUUGAUAAAGUAAUUUGCAAACAGCAGGGGCCUGGCUGGAUUAGCAAAUGUUGUUUUUCCACGUGAGUUUCACAGUGUUGCCGCUGUAUGGAAGCCGAAAAACGGCGAGGAACUCGAGCAUUAACGUCCCACCCGUCCAGGCAGCCGAGAUUAAUACAUUUUAAAAGUAACAUAUAAAACCUUUAAUUCAUGUUUGUGGACGUUCAGCCGUCGGCUGAACUCUUCAGUAACGAGUCCAUCGAUCCGUCUGAUUGAAACUCAGACAUUCCAGAAGUGAUAAAGAGUCAACUGUAGAAACAGGGGGCGUUAAUUAUAAAUAUAUAAUUGAACAGGAUGAAUCUUUCCUCUUCCUGUCCCAGCUGCUGCUGGACUCCGAGAACCAAACCUGCAUGAAACCAUCACCAACAGUUUCUUUAAUAUUAAACAAACAAAGUAUAAAGAGUCCGAGAUCGGAUCCCUGUGGAGCGCCUCUGAUUCAUCACCAUGUAAACUUUACAUUUUCAUUAAUAAAUAUGAACCUACAGAUUCA